GAGACGUGGCGCGACCACUUCACCGGUGCUGGAAGUUUUGCAGGGGACACGGUCCAUCGUCGUCAUCCUUUCGACUGCGCGAGAAAUACGGUCGGUACCGGAGAGGGAGAAAGAUGGACGCGGCGAUGCAAAUAGCGAUUCCGGUGGCGGGGAUCGUCGCGGCCGCCGCCGUCGCCUUCUACGCCGUCAGCUUUGCGGAGCUCAGAGAGAAAUCGCUCAGAGAGCUGGAUGAAUCAGAAGAAAGCGCAGGAGGCUUCGAAUCGUCUCUCAGUUCCAGGAAGAGGAGAGCCAGAAGGAAAGCCGAUAAGCCCGACGAGCUCUGAACCUUCUCCGGUUCCUCUUCGGUACACUUUGAUUGGUGCGAAACAAUGUUCAUCACAUGAGACAUCGGAUUUCGAUCAGCGUUUGUUGUUCUUCUACUUCUUCCACCUCAUAAUCUGUAAUCUCAAAUCUCUUUCCGUCGAUGCUCCACUGUGGCGCAUCUCUCGAAACGUGAAAAAGAUUGAAUUUUU